AUACGGUUCAUCACAUUUUGUAUUUCGCUUGUUUGCUUUCCCUUUCUUCCCAUUCCUCUUAUCUACAUUGACGUCAAUGAUGCGGGCUAGCAACCUUGGGUUCCUUGUUUUGAGCUCUUGUCUUUUGUCGUAUUUUGCCACGGGAUUCUCGUUGCGUGCAUCGAGCCCAUACAGAGAACGAGUUUCUACAUUGUAUGUCAUCAAACCUGGUGGGUGGCUUGCGGGGGUGGCUGCUAUAUCUAUCACUUUAGCAUCUCCAAUUUCAGCCACGGCUGCUGCCGAUGUUGGGAAUGGAUCCGAACUCUUUAAGGCGAACUGUGCAGGGUGUCACGCAGGAGGUGCGAAUUUUCUUGCUGAAAAGAAAACUUUGACGAAAGAAGCCCUGGAAAAUUUUCAGUCUUUGGACCAACAAAAGCUUCAAGAUUUUGUGCAGAAUAAGAUGCCUCACAAAUUUCUACCUUUCAAGAGUCAGUUCUCCGACUCUGACUAUAGCGAUGUCACGUCCUACGUACUCGACCAGGCCAUUGGACAUAAGUGGUAGAGGAUACGGGAUUUCUGAGAUAGUUAUAUAGUAAUUGCUAGCUAGCUAAAGAAAGCAAAUCGUGAUUUUCUUUGAGUAGAAUGCGCACACAAAAUCUCGGUUCUGGCGGAACAUUGAAGGAAAUCAAAUUUCCAGUAAACAGCAUUGUUUCGAUCACCCACUUGUCACUGAUCUUUCAAUCUGAACUGCCCCGAACGCGGAAGCGCGUUUUGCAUCUCAAACAAUAUCGGGAGCGUUCAUCUCUAAGCCGGUCGUUGUGCAGCAGUAUCCGGGAAAUUCCUUGUCGUCAUGCGUGUGUCGUGUCAUUUGGAUAAUGGAACAACACCCGCAAAAGAACAUACAACAUACGUCUUCUAGCGCUUCCGGACAGAUUUUCGAAGAAAUACGGUAGUGAUUUCUCAUGUGGCGCCGGAGAUUGGCUCCCGUCCAAAGUAAUAAAAUAAUGCUAUACAGCAUAAUCAGAACCAUUCCCACAGCUGGCAACAAAUUCCCAACAAUCAGAGCAAAAACGAAAGAGAGAACCAGUUUGUUGUAGGAAAGACUCGUCUCUUCCGAACAGUCUUUUUUGCCUUGCCAGUUUAGGCGAAGCCGGGACACCAGUUGGGCUAUUAAUACUGGGGCGCAGCAGAUUGCCAUCCAAAACGUAGCUUGAGUCAAGACGUCAAAACAAGCGCAUAGAGGGUGC